GCUUUGUUGAAUUUUCAUAUGUAACUACUAAUCGUAGGAGUUCAGGUCGGCGUAGAGAAAUAUUCUUAAGAUUUCUCUCCAACCAGCGUUGAAUCAUGUUCCGCAUUAUCAUGACUAUAUUUCCAAGCAACAGUCAAUGAGUAACGAGCACCUCCAAUUUACUACCUAGAAAUCAUGUUUAGAUUUGCCGUGCAACAGUUUCAUAGGAAUAUGAUCCACAAUAUUUCCAACAUCGCUGCGAAGGUCAUAGAUUGGAGGCAUAUCGCGGUACACCUCAAUUUCAUUCGCCUUCCCUUAUGUACUGGGUACCGAUUUCAAGAAACGAAGUCGCUAGCUUGACAUCAUUUCCACAAUGACGCUAUCCACUCCCAGACUAUCAGGAGAAACCAGUUGAACUAGCAGAGGUCUAACUGAAGAAACAUUAAAAACUAGUAUAAAUUUGGACAUGUCAUGUCAGCAAGUCCCUCGCCUCACUGAAGAUCCGUACACCUUCACGGAAACAGUACCAGCUACGGCAACAAUAUUUAAUCCUCAGACACAUCGUUUAGCGCCCAUAAUAUCAAGCAAUUCAAAUAAUCUGAGCCAGAAACAAUUACUAUCGCAAAAAUUGUCCACACCGCUGCACACACGGGUCAUUCAACAAACAAUUAGUUCUCAAGUUCAGCAGAACGCAAACGUCCGAAUAAACGGUCUUCCACAUAAGAUAGUCAAUGGAUUUCACAAACCCGCCGCUGUAUCAAAUACAACCAAUGCAAAAGCUCAACAACCACAAAUUCAAUAUCAAUCGCAAACGAAACAGGUAGUGGCAGGAAACAAUGGGAAUGUUAUAACGAAAAAAUUUUUACAACCUGCACCUCCUCCGCCUGUCCCCUCACUGAAUGCAUUAUCCUACCAACAUCAAUCUCACCCGCUGUAUUCAGUGGCAAAACCACAAAAUUCCAUUGUUUCAACAUCGCCUCCAGCAUCAUCUUCGUCACCGUCUUCGGUGCCUCUACCACCAUUAUUUCAAAAGAGCAGACCUUUAGGAGCGCAAACGUUAUCAACAAUCUCUUCUACACCUAAACAGCAGAUUUUAACUAAUCAAACUGUUGUCGAGCAGAACGUUCCUCAGCGAAACCAUUCCAAUGUAAAUACAAGCAGAUUGACUCCAAUUCAAGUUCGUGGACCAACGCAAGGCUCUUCAACUGUAACGACUCUUACUAAUUAUGGAGUUCAUACUCAGUUUCCCGCUCCAAGUUUAUCACCUGUAAACGUUAUUAGAAAGGUACAACAACCGAGUAUAGCCCCAAGAACACCGCAAAGCAAUACAUCGGUAGAUGCUAAACAGAUUUUAGACUCUACGAAAAGAAAACCCACAGACUCCUCUGACCAAUCAGUAUUUGUUACACCUGCAAAGCGAGACUCUCGACCAACAACUUCCGUUGGGAAAAAAGGUAUUCGGAUGCAAUCUUCGUCCAGCAUCCGAGCUAAGCGUUCAUAUAGCCAAACGUCUCAUCAUGAAGCCUUACAGAGGAUAUCGGCAGCGGCGGCAGCUACUGAAUGGCAUGCACCCGAUUCUUAUAUUUUUGAUAACACGUUAUCACCGUUAGACCCAUCGCCAGAUAAAAAGGAAGAAAACUAUGACUUAGCGCCUUGUGUACAACAUCAUUGGCUAGAUGUAUCUGAAAUGAUGUCGUCUCUUCCAAUGUAUGCGCAUAUAACUCGCGAACAACGAAUAGAAUUGCGUAAAGCUCAGUUAAGGCGACAGGCGCUGCAAUAUAUUUCAGCGCAGAAGUUCCAUACUACAUUUGCUGCUCGAAAGAGGCUACAAUGUGUGGCGAAAGCUUUACGAAAAUUACGUGAACGAGAUGAAGCGCCACCACCGAAAAAAUGCUGUUUUCCCUCAUGCAUCAAUGAUGCGCUCGCUAUGACAGCCUACUGUUACCUGCACAUCACGCGUAACAGCGAUCAGUACCUGUUCUUUCCAUGCACCGCCAAAUUUUCUGAUAAUUCGCAGUGUCGUGUUCCUGUGUUUGAUAUAAGUCACGAAUUGCCAUUGUGUCGAGAACAUGCAUGGAAACGUGAUAAUUAUAAUCGAAUAAUACAGGAGCAGAAGCCGAAAAAGCCACCGCGUAAACGCCCGAAACCAAGUGCAAUGACACGUCCAAUAAAACGAAACAAAAAGAAACGAAAGUCAUCAAUAUCAAGCGAUGGUGUAGUAACAACUAUGUCGACGGGAACAACACUUCCGUCCGUUAUCACGAAAACGGGAUAUCAAUUGACUUCAGAGGAAAUAAGUAACAUAAUUUCACUAGCGACGCCCACAUCUAUCACCACAUUCAAUACUCAUCAACAAAUCCAUCAAGAUAUGUUGAGUAUAUGUGAAAAUAGUUCGGCAUAUGAAAGCUCUGAGGACACCGGAGUCGGUGGGUUGAGUGAGAGUGAGUUAAUGGUCGGGACAAAUGAAAUAGCUGAAGAAAUUCCUCUGGGUGAUACACGGUUACUGGAGGAGCACGAUCUAACAAAUGUGCUGAACCAAUUGCCUGUAGAUGCUUUCAAUGAGCUUUUCACUACAGUUCAACAAAAUGGACCACUCGAACCAACUCAGGAAGAGCAAGAAGACUUGGAGCGGGCAUUAGAGGCGGUCAAUAAACAAGUGAAAUCGCUUCAACAACUAACUGGUGGUGAUGCAGCUUUUCUCGGUGAUUUUCUUGAUGUGGAUGAUCAAAUACUCGAUGAAGCUGACAUUGCUGAGGUUGUGUUGCAUUCACCAAAUUCGAGUAGCAUUGAAACCGAUGAUACCGGCAACAUCAUCAUAACGAGUGCUUGUAACUCGGCAACAGCUACCGAUAUUCGAGGGCUUGUGCAAACGUAAAUGAAACCUAGGAAACAAAAUUUGCAUUUCAUUGGAAAUAAAAAAAGCUACAAAUCUUAAAAACAAGAACUACAUCAUGUGUAUAUAAUAUAAGGGGGAAAACCAAGAACAGUGAUUUCGUGAAUUUCUGUUUUGUUUUAUUCGCAUCAUUAGUCGAAAGUUAUCGAGAAGUUGAUUGUAAAUAUUAAAGAAAAGCAAACAAAAAGAAACGUAAUGAAGGAACUGUGUUAAUUUGCAAAUUUUAAAAAUCCGAACAAAAAUCAUGAAACAGGAACGGACAGUAGGAAGUAUGUAGGAAAAUAUAGACUCGUAAUAAGUGUACAAGGGAAAUUAUGUUAUAAUAAUUUUUUUUUUCAAUUGAAACUGAAAAUAAUUUUUUUAUUGAAUAAAUUAAAAACUUUAAAGUAACUUUUAUGUUAUCCUCUCCUCUGUAAGCUAUUAUAGAUUAGUAGCUUAGCUUAGUUUAAACUAGAUUUAAGCAAUUAGUUAGUGGUGUAGAUAAACUAAACUCUAAAAACAAAAAGCGACAAACACUCUUUCUUAGCUUCGUUUCAAUAGUAUGAAUUUAGUUUCUGCAUUUGUGAUUUUGUUAAUCAAAAAUUUCCUAUUUUUUUUAUCGUGGACAUAUGACAUGGUGGUUUCUGAAGAUGAAAUAAGAUAAUUUAUUGUUUACAAACAUGAACACUAAAUGUUUUAUUAAUUUCAUUAUUUAUUUC